AUGGACCCAAAUUCCUUUGAAGGAUAUAACGAAACAGCUCCAUUAAGAAAUGGAUCUCGUACAUCAGCUUAUCUUCCUGUAGAUACAGCUAGUCGAACAUUUGGCACAAGUUAUUUUCUUAUUUCAACAUUACUUGCAUCAAUUAUUCCAUUGAUUGAAUUAGGAAUUGGCUUACAUUACAAAGGACAAUGUCCGAUUGAUCAACGUAUUCCAACUUAUAUGAUCGUGGCUGGUGUCUGCGGUCUUGUACUUGUUGGUCUUUCAAUUUUUCUUGCAGUAACAUUCAUGUGUUUUAUUCCAGAUUCAACAGCAUUAACUUUAGUCGCUAGUUGUGGUGUAUGUUUAAAUGUAUUUGCCACAUUAGUAGUAUCAAUUUUUGUUUUUAUUUGGUUUAUUCUUGGAUGUAUAUGGGUAUUUGGUAUUCGUAAAGAAGUACAAUUUAUUAUUCCAUUGGCACCUAAUUACUGCAAUCCAGUUUUAUAUAAAUGGACAUUUGCUUUACUUGUCUUAACUAUUGUUUGGGCAUUUCUUCAAUGUUGUGUAUCAUGUAUUCGACAAUGUUGUUUUGGACGUAGUGAUUAA